CAGCCACAUCCAUAUCCCAUCAUCACACGCACACCGGCUCCUGCCUGGAAUUCUUCCUGGGAUUAUUAUUAGCGUUAUUUUAUUUCUGCGCCGCUCUGAACCGUCCGGGAUCGUCUCUGCGCGCAAAGAUCUGUUGAAGGUGUUUCUGAAUCUGGCAGUUGAGCCAUGGGGCAGGAAACUGGACUAACAGUGAUGGUUGUGGCCUUCAAUCCAGGAAGUCGCCUCAAGGAAAAAUCACUAGACAUCACUUUGAAUCACUGACAAUAGCACAAAGGAACACCUUCAUCCUGGCACUUGCGCCUGCCCACGUUAUGUGGAAACAGGGUAUUUGGCAUAUCUAUCUGAUUAGGCUUGGCUGAGAAGAUUAAACUUUGUGCACUAUCAACAUUGAGCCCCAUCAAAAAAAAAAACUGUCUCUAUGGAAUAUAACAUUCAACAGCCAUAAUCAGAUGUUAUUAUCACUUUGAGGAUUUAUCCCCUUUUCCGACCCUGUUUUUGUGCACCCUGUUAUUUUUUUUACCAUGAAUACCAACAGCCUAGCUGGCCAUGUCCUCUUGCUGCUAAGUGCUGUGCUGGGCCUGAGUGUCGGCUUGGAGUUUACUGGUUCUGAAGGUCAGUGGGCUCGCUACGUGCGCUGGGACGCCAGCUCCAGAAGUGACCUGACUUUUCAAUUUAAGACAUCACAAUUCGAAGGCCUGCUGCUCUAUUUUGACGACGGUGGAUAUUGUGACUUUCUGCUUCUCACAGUAUCUGAGGGUAAACUGCAACUUCGCUUCAGCAUCGACUGCGCCGAGACCACCAUCACCUCUGACAAGCUGGUCAACGACAGCCGCUGGCACUUCGCUGCCAUCAACAGGCACAAUUUGAGGACAGUCUUGGCUGUGGAUGGCCAGGCCAAGGCUGAAGAGGUGCGGCCCCAGCGACAGUUCAUGAAGAUUGUUAGUGACCUUUUCCUCGGAGGGCUCCCAAGGGACAUCCGUGAAACUGCUAUCACUGUGCCCUCUGUUCGCGAGCUGCCACCAUUCAAGGGAAUUAUCACAGAUCUCAGCUAUGGGAGUAAGCCGCCCAUGCUCAUCGACAGUCAGAAAGUGCGUCUGGAGAUGAUUGGCCUUUGCACAGACAAUCCCUGUGAGAAUGGAGGGAUCUGCUCCCUAGCAGAUGGAGAAACAUACUGUGACUGUUCUAAAACUGGAUAUGUAGGUCGAUACUGCACUGAAGCAGUCCAGAGAACACCAGGCCUCGCACACCUGAAGGCAGAGCAAGGUAGAAGCAAAGCGAGAGAGGAGAACGUGGCCACCUUCCGCGGUUCGGAGUACUUCUGCUACGACCUGUCGCAAAACCCCAUCCAGAGCAGCAGCGAUGAGAUCACGCUCUCCUUCAAGACGUGGCAACGCAACGGCCUUCUCCUCCACACAGGCAAAUCUGCAGACUACGUCAACCUGGCGCUAAAAGACGGAGCCGUGUCCCUCGUCAUCAAUCUGGGCUCCGGGGCCUUUGAGGCCAUUGUGGAGCCGGUCAACGGAAAAUUCAAUGACAACUCCUGGCAUGACAUCAAAGUGACACGCAACCUGAGACAGCAAUCAGGCAUUGGACACGCUAUGGUAACUAUCUCCGUUGAUGGGAUUCUCACUACUACUGGCUACACCCAGGAAGACUACACCAUGCUGGGCUCUGAUGAUUUCUUCUACGUGGGAGGGAGCCCAAGCACAGCAGACCUGCCCGGAUCUCCAGUUAGCAACAAUUUUAUGGGCUGCCUCCGAGAGGUGGUGUACAAGAACAAUGAUAUCCGGCUAGAACUGUCCCGCCUUGCCCGCAUCGUGGAUCCCAAGAUGAAACUGCAGGGGGAUGUUGUAUUCAAGUGUGAAAACGUUCCCACUCUUGACCCCAUCAACUUUGAAACCCCAGACUCCCAUCUGGCCUUGCCGAAAUGGAACACCAAGCGUGUGGGCUCCAUUUCCUUUGAUUUCCGCACCUCAGAACCAAACGGCCUGAUACUUUUCACCCACGGCACCCCAGACCGGCGGGAUGCAAAGGGCCAAAAGAACAACAAGGUGGAUUUCUUUGCAGUGGAGCUGCUGGAUGGAGGGUUGUACCUGCUGCUGGACAUGGGCUCUGGUACUGUCAAGGUCAAAGCCACCCAGACAAAGGUUAAUGACGGCGCCUGGCACCACGUAGACAUUCAGAGAGAUGGUCGCUCAGGCAUCAUCUCUGUAAACAGCCGCCGGACCCCUUUCACAGCUUCUGGGGAAAAUGAGAUCCUGGACCUGGAAGGUGAUCUUUACCUGGGUGGUCUGCCUGACAACCGGAUGGGCCUUGUGCUCCCCACCGAGCUCUGGACUGCUAUGCUCAACUACGGUUAUGUGGGCUGCAUCCGGGAUCUGUUCAUUGAUGGACGUAGCAAGGAUGUCCGCCAGAUAGCUCAGGCUCAGAAUGUGACCGGCAUAAAGUCAUCUUGCAAGGUGGCGGGAAACAGGUGUGACAGCAACCCCUGCAAGAACAAUGGAGCGUUGUAAGGAAGGUGGAAUCGCUUCGUGGACUGUACCGGGACUGGCUUCUGGGAUAGUACCUGUGAGAAAGAGUCAUCAAUCCUGUCCUUUGAUGGAAGCAUGUUCAUGAAGGUCGUGUUGCCAAACGUCAUGCACACUGAAGCUGAGGACGUUUCACUCCGCUUCAAGUCCCAGAGGGCGUUUGGUUUGCUCAUGGCUGCCACAUCCCACGAAUCAGCAGAUACGCUGAGGCUGGAGCUGGACAGUGGGCGGGUCAAACUAAUGGUCAACCUAGACUGUGUCAGGAUAAACUGUAACACCAGCAAAGGCCCCGAGGUUCUUUACGCCGGACAAAAGCUCAACGACAACGAGUGGCACUCGGUGCGUGUGAUCCGCCGCGGUAAAAACUUCAAACUGACCGUGGAUGAUGACAUGGCUGAAGGUCAGAUGGUGGGUGAUCACACCCGUCUGGAGUUCAAGAACGUGGAGACGGGCAUCCUGACUGAGAGACGCUUUUUCUCCUCUGCUCCUUCCUCCUUCAUAGGACACCUUCAGAGCCUAAAGUUCAACGGGAUGCAGUACAUUGACAUGUGCAAGAAUGGGGACAUCGACUUCUGUGAGCUCAACGCCCGUUUUGGCAUGCGCGUCAUCAUUGCUGACCCCGUCACCUUCAAGACCAAAGGAAGCUACCUGGGCUUGGCCACCUUGCAAGCUUACACCACCAUGCACCUGUUCUUCCAGUUUAAAACCACCUCACCCGAUGGUUUCAUCAUCUUCAACAGUGGAGACGGAAAUGACUUUAUUGCUGUGGAACUAGUGAAGGGGUUCAUCCACUACGUGUUUGACCUGGGGAACGGGCCGAGCCUCCUGAAGGGGAACAGUGACAACCAGCUUAACGAUAACCAGUGGCACAAUGUCGUCAUAACGCGAGACUCGUCCAACACGCACACACUGAAGGUGGAUACAAAGUCAGUCACUCAGAAUGUCAAUGGAGCCAAAAACCUCGACCUGAAAGGUGACUUGUUCAUCGGUGGCCUUGCCCCCAACAUGUACCAGAACCUUCCUAAGCUCGUGGUUUCCCGGGAGGGUUUCCAAGGCUGCUUGGCCUCAGUUGACCUGAACGGGCGCCUGCCGGACCUCAUCAGUGAUGCCCUGUUCCGCAGCGGGCAAAUCGAACGCGGCUGUGAAGUUGGUUUCACCAAAGCCGACUUGCAAGGUCCAAGUACCACCUGCCAGGAGGACUCGUGCACCAACAUGGGUGUAUGUAUCCAGCAGUGGGAGAACUUCACCUGUGACUGCACCAUGACCUCUUACACAGGGACUCACUGCAACGACCCUGGCACGACCUACAUCUUCGGUAAAGGAGGAGGCCUGAUCACGUACACGUGGCCCAGUAACGAGAGGCCAAGCACACGGACGGACAGACUGGCUGUAGGCUUCAGCACAACUAUCAAGGAUGGCGUCCUGGUUCGCAUUGACAGCGCCCCACGUCUGGGUGACUACAUCAUGCUCCACAUUGAGCAAGGCAAAGUAGGUGUGACUUUCAACAUUGGGACAGUGGACAUAAGUGUGAAGGAGACAAACACAGCGAUAAAUGAUGGCAAAUACCAUUUGGUUCGAUUCACCAGGAACGGUGGCAAUGCAACUUUGCAGGUGGACAACUGGCCAGUCAACGAGCACUUCCCCUCAGGCAACAGCGACAUUGAGCGCUAUCAAAUGGCAAAUAAGAAAAUCCCGUUCAAAUAUACCCGGCCUGUAGAAGAUUGGCUUCAGGAGAAAGGCCGUCAGCUGACAAUCUUCAACACUCAGGCCACCAUCUCCAUUGGGGGAAAUGAUGGGAAGCGGCCCUACCAGGGCCAGCUCUCCGGCCUCUACUACAACGGCCUCAAAGUUCUCAACAUGGCUGCCGACGGCCACGCCAACAUUAAGGUGAAUGGCAGCGUGAGGCUGGUGGGUGAUGUGCCUGCCAGCAGGGGUGCAGCACGCACCACCACCUCGGUGCCGCCAGAGAUGUCGACAACCUUUAUUGAGACCACAACCACCCUUUCUACGACUACAACCCGCAAGCAGCGCUCCCCACCCACCAUUCAGACGACAGAUGACAUUGUUUCGUCGGCGGAGUGCUCCAGCGACGACGAGGACCUGGAGGAGUGCGACUCCGGACACGCAGGAGGGGAGCUAGUCAUCCCUGUGCUAGUCGAGGAUCCCAUAGACAUCCCUUCUGUAUCCACCCGUUCUCCCUUCAUCCCCCUUCCCCCAACCCUCCACCCUGUCCUCACCAUUAUUGAGACCACCAAAGAAUCCUUGGCCAUGGCCACUGAGGCGGGGGUACCUUGCUUGUCGGACCGAGGAAGCGAUGAUUGUGAUGGUGGUGGGGAUGAUGGUGAUGAUGAUGGUGAUGAUGAUGAUGAUGAUGAUGAUGAUGAUGAUGGCAUGGUGAUUUCGGGGUUUGGCUCUGGCGAAGCUUUCGACUCUAGCCUGCCCCCGACUGACGAUGAAGAUUUUUACACCACCUUCUCCCUGGUAACAGAUAAGAUCUUGACCACAUCGACCUAUGAAGGUGGCUACAAAGCCCUCGCACCCAAGUGGGAGGCCAAGGACUUGAGGCCUAGCAAAGCCUCAGAGACAGGUAGGACUACAUCCAUCUCACCUCUGCCUGACCGCCGAGGCACACCACCGCCACCGGCGGCCCCCUCGGACACGCCACCCAAGCUCCCUGCUGGGAAAAUGAACAACCGCGAGGUAAAACCCCCGCAACCAGACAUAGUACUGCUGCCCUUGCCGACAUCCUUUGAUCUGGAUGGCACCAAACAACGGGGCCCUUUCAUCACCUCACCAAUGCUACGCACGGUACCUGCGGCCUUGCCCACUGUGCCCAGUGUGGUGCGACGGGUGCCCCCGGGGGCCUCUGAGGUGAUCCGGGAAUCCAGCAGCACCACGGGUAUGGUGGUGGGGAUUGUGUCAGCCGCAGCCCUCUGCAUACUCAUCCUCCUCUAUGCUAUGUACAAGUACAGAAACAGGGACGAAGGUUCCUACCAAGUGGACGAGACACGCAACUACAUCAGCAACUCGGCGCAAACCAAUGGCGCUGUGGUGAAGGAUAAGGCACCCAGCGGUAAUGCCAAAGGCAGCGCCAGUAGCAAGAGACCGAAAGACAAAGACAAGGAAUAUUAUGUAUAGAAAGUCAUGACCCAACACAUAAAAGCAAACUUUUUGAACAAAGUUAUAAACAUUUUGACAGUACCAUAUUGGCAACUGUAACUUUAAAAGGAAGAAUUCUCUUGAAAAUUCUCCUGAGUCAAAGAAACAUUUGCAAAGACUAUGGCUUACGGAAGCACACUUACUAUUGUAAGCAUUAAGAGAAACAUUGCAGUUCAGCUGUAUAGGGGCUCACCGUGGAGCUUUUUCAGGAGUCCCUGUCAGAGACAUUUGGCAGUGUGAAUAACAUCACUCCAACAUCCACACAACCCCAAGUGACUUUCAGCGGAGUGUGAUCCUCGGAGUUCAACCGAUCUUGUCCAUUGAAACCCUGUAAAAUAUGAUCACUGUCAUUUUGGCCAUUCUGAGCAUGCAUGUGAGGUGUAUGUGAUGUGGUGCUGGCAUCUGUGUAAGUGAGGGACCUCAAGAAACAAUGAUUGUCAGGGGGAACAUGGAAGUCUCAACACAAUUUUCAUUCAAUGUAGCUUUCAAGGAUACGGUAUGAGGUAAAAUGUAUGUGUAUUUAAAA